UUACCAUCAUUAGCAGAUUAUGCACGGAUCCUGACACAACUGACUAUGAAAGCGGCAGACCAUGCCUUCCAGGCCAUCAAAGACCUCGUGACGAGCCCACAAUGCCUUACCACAAUAGACCAUGACAAUCUGGGAAACAACAAAAUCUUUGUAAUGUGCGACACUUCGGACUUUCAGACAGGUGCUGUA